UCGUUAGUCGAUAAGUGCGAUGGAAUGCCGUGCACACGCAAUCGUGUGCGGAUAUAAGCAUUUGAUUUCGGAGUGGUUGUCACAGUUUGGUUUCCAAGAUGCAGGUGCUAAGCGGCAAUCCACUCAGUUUGUUUCUCUUGGUGAUCAUCACUCCGUCACUGAUUGCUGCCAAUCCCCUGUGGAGUCUUGACCAGGUGGGAGCCUAUUUCACUGGCAUCUUCCGCUCCGUUGUGGGGCCAAUAUUUGGCUUUGGCUUGGCAGCCAACAGCACCGCCUUAUAAAGAUAGUUCUGCUUACCGCACCA